AUGAAUCAUAAGGCAAAUGAACAUUUGUUGGCUUUUAUGAAUCUUGGGAACAAGGAGGACAUCCAAUUUCUUCUUGUUGUUUGGUUGUGCACGAUUUGGUGCAUUUGGAAAGAGAGGAAUGCUUGUAAGUUCAACCAAGGUGUGUGGAGGAAAGAGAAGUUGGUGGCAGAGAUCAAAACAAGGAUAUGGGGGUGGCUGGAGGCAUUUAAAUUGCCGUGUAUCACUACAAACUUCAGGCGCUGGUCUCUUAAGGCUCGUUAUUUUCCCAGGUCGGACAUCUUAACGGCUAAUCAAGCCCAUAAUCCAUCUUUCGUUUGGAGAAGCUUAUUAGUCGGGAGGGAUCUACUGGUCAAGGGAAUUGCGUGGAGGGUGGGAGACGGGAAAAGGAUUCGUAUUGGCAAAGAUGCUUGGCUACCAGAUGGCAAAGGAAACUUUAAAGCUGCAAGAGUGCAGGACCCUUGGGGUGACAUGAAAAUCAACGAGCUCCUGUUUGAUAAUGCUCCAGCAUGGGAUAUGCAAAAGGUGGAAACAAUCUUGCCCAGGGACGAGCUGUGGAAGAUCACUGAAAAUCUCGAUGUUAAUCUCGGUUCCCCAGAUAGACCUUUGUGGCCUCAUGGUAAAGGUAAUUCAUAUUCGGUCAAAUCGGGAUACCUUCUUGUCUGUUCACUUAAGAACCGAGAGGAACCUUCAUCUUCUUCGGAUGAAUCUUCCUUAUGGAAUUGGGUGUGGGGUUUGGCGGUAAUUCCUAAGGUGAAGCUUUUUCUGUGGAAAUGUUUGAGUGGCUGUCUCCCAACUGCCAAAGCUCUUAUCUCCCGUUCUAUCAUGAUGGAUCCCUGUUGUCGUAGAUGUGAUAAGCCCACGGAAACUAUCGAGCACGCUCUCAGGGACUGUCCCUGGGCGACGUUCCUUUGGGAGUCCUCACCUAUUCGACUACAGCCAACAAAUCCGAGAGCUCCGUGGAGUCUGGUUGAGUGGAUUGGCAAAAUCAGAGAGGUUCCGGAAAAGGAGGUUCAUUGUCUUUUUGCAUCUGUUUUAUGGACUUGUUGGUAUGCUCGUAAUCUUCUUGUGUUCCAGAACAAAAUCUUAUCUCACUCUGAUUGUUUGGUGAUAGCUGAAAGAGCCACGUUGUCUAAUCCCCUUAGCUCAAGCAUGGUGAGCUCAAAACCAACCAGAGUGGACUGCUCUAGAGCGGCACAAGUGAAGAUUAAUUGUGACGCGGGGGUAGGAAGUGGGGCUGGGGCUGGUCUGGGAAUUGCUCUGUGCGACGUGGAGAACAAUCAGGUUGGUUUUAGGAUGGGCUUCCUUAAAGGAGUCUUCACGGUUGAGGAAGGGGAGGCUCACGCUGUUCUUGAAGGCCUUAGUUUCAGUGUUGAAAAAGGUUUCACAGAUAUCAUUGUGGAGACGGACUGCCAGCGACUCUUUUGGAGACUACAUAAUCAUGAAGAUGAUCUCUCCCUCUUAGGAGAUAUCCUUAAGGAGAUUUACAGCAUUGUGGAUUCUUUGAACCAGGUGGAGUUUAGCUGGUGCCCGAGGGAGGAUAAUUGUGUUGUUGAUAGCUUAGCUAAUUAUGCUUUUGUUUCUCGUUCUGGUUUUAUUUCUUCGAACGUGUGGCCUUUAUCUGUAAACUCUUCUUUGAUGGUUUAA